AUCAAGUGGAGAAGAAGAGGAGGUGGAGGAAGAAAAGGACAAACCAAAGUCUACAGAGACGAGAGGAGGGUUUGGUAUGUUUAACAUGUUUAAAGGACUUGUAAGUUCAAAGACCUUAUCAAAAGAGGACAUGGAUCCAGUGCUCACCAAGAUGCGAGACCAUCUCAUUGGUAAGAACGUAGCAGCAGACAUUGCUGAAAAGAUAUGCGAUUCAGUUGCAACCAAAUUGGAGGGGAAAAUCCUUGGAACAUUCGACCGUAUCGCCUCUACCGUGCGCGAAGGUAUCCAGGAGUCGUUAGUGCAGCUUCUGUCGCCUCAUCGACGCAUUGAUAUUCUACGAGACAUCAUGGAAUGCCAGGCUAAGAAUCGGCCGUAUGUUGUUACCUUCUGCGGAGUUAAUGGCGUUGGGAAAUCAACCAAUCUGGCCAAGAUCUGUUUCUGGCUUUUGGAGAACAACUUUCGUGUAAUGAUCGCUGCAUGCGACACAUUCCGAUCCGGAGCGGUGGAGCAACUGCGCACACACACACGUCGACUGAAUGCGCUACACCCCGCUGAAGAGGGCAGUAAUCAACUUAAUGUGCAGUUGUUUGAGAAAGGCUACGGCAAGGACGCUGCAGGCAUUGCCAUGGAAGCCAUCAAAUUUGGUAAACAUGAAGAACUUAAUUUAUAUUAGUUUUAUGAUUGUAGUAAAAAUGAAGCAUAGAAAGUGGGAUGGUAAGGUGAGACUUCUUUUAUACAUUGUUAGGUGAACUUAAUUUUUUAAAGACCGUCAGCAGAUGGCGGAAAUAGUAUUUUGUUUUCUUAUUUAGAAAAUAGUUUACCAAAAACAUUCAAGUGGCGGAGAAAAUUAAAAAAAAUAUUUUGGUGAAUGUACUGUAAAACAGUGUAGUA